UGUUCUCCAGCAUCAUUAUCACCACCACCACUGUCAUUGCUCCUCGAUUUUGAGCCAGCAGAAAACUCUCGCCGUGGCUGUCAGGACUUUCUAACAGAUAAUGUAGUCGGAAGGAAAGGACAAGAGCGCCAACCCCAUGCGCGAGCUGCGCAUCCAGAAGCUCGUGCUCAACAUCAGUGUCGGCGAGUCUGGUGAUAGACUGACCCGUGCUGCGAAGGUGCUUGAGCAGCUGAGCGGUCAGACUCCGGUCUACAGCAAGGCCCGUUACACCGUCCGUACCUUCGGUAUCCGCCGUAACGAAAAGAUCGCCGUCCACGUCACCGUCCGUGGCCCCAAGGCUGAGGAGAUCCUCGAGCGUGGCCUGAAGGUCAAGGAGUACGAGCUCCGGAAGCGCAACUUCUCUGAGACCGGUAACUUCGGCUUCGGUAUCAGCGAGCACAUCGAUCUGGGUAUCAAGUACGACCCCGGCAUCGGUAUCUACGGCAUGGACUUCUACUGCUGCAUGACCCGCCCCGGUGAGCGUGUUGCCAAGCGCCGCCGCUGCAAGGCCCGUGUCGGCUUCCAGCACCGUAUCACCCAGACCGAGACCGUCAAGUGGUUCAAGAACCGCUUCGACGGCAUUGUCCGGUAAAUGUACCGUUCAAGUCUCGGGAGUCAACGGGGGGUAAAGGAAAAGGAAACGAACCUGGGUAGCGUUCUAAUGACGAUUCGAUGGACAAAAAAAUAAAAUUGAAGAUCGAAACCACCGACCGCAGGCGAUCUCUCCCUGCUGGGACAUGCUUUGCGUUAUGAUGUGCCAAUGCCUUGUGAUCCGUGGCAUGAGGAUAUUAGGCGUGUUAGAGAGAUCUACCAUAUCAAAUCAGCAAAUUUUUCUUGUUCCAACGGACGCAUCCACUUUUCACACAAUGCAGGCUUCACGAAGGGUGAUGAAUUCCGCUUAACCAUUGGUGAAAAGUCAGUCCCUCUUACGGGGGGGACUCUUCAAGUUUGAUGCGUUGCUGUUUCUGGCCUUGGGGCUUGUUUCUGUGUUCGCAUGGACAAGCUGUGUGUUUGCAUGGGAGGGUGUCUCUUCAACCUUGACCCCUCUCGCGUAGCUGGGGAAUUGUUUCCGGGAUCACUGGCCCAACCCAGUGGUACCGGACAGACCCUGUCUUUCAUGUAGAUUACCCGGGGUAUCCGUGUGGUCUCGUAGUGGAAUAUGUCCUGGAGCAUGUAGUCUGUUCCCCUUGGGAGACCGGAUUAACACCCAAUAUGAGCCCUAAUAUCGUAAGUACCUCAGUGGUACCAACGCCCAGCUCUCCGUUUCCCGUUCCCGGCUCCUACGUGUUGGCUGUACACAAGCCACUACUGCGAAGAUGUCGA